UUUAUAAAAAUCUCCCCUGCAAUUAUCAAUGGAGGUCGACUUCCCCAGUUUAUUCAGCAUUUUCUUCAAACUUUUAGGCAUUAUGAAUUCACUAUUCUCCAUUAUGUACAUUUUGAUGCUUCCUUGAAUUCCUCCAUUUUCUUCUCCUCGCCGUCGCCCUCCAUCAACUUCGUGAAGUCCUCUAGCCCUAACAUUCCAUUGCCGUCUGCAUCCGACUAUCACACUACCAUUUCCGCCUCCCCCUCCAACAUUUCGCCACCUAUAGCCCUUACGCAUUUCCAUAGCUCUUCCUGUGAGAUUUUGCCAUCGCCGAUUUCGUCCAAGUAUUUAAACACCAUUUUCGCAUUGUUCCAUUGACACUGUUGGACCCUCGUAGUUUUCAUCAUCGAAACUUGAAGAAUAUUUUGAAAUUAAUGGUUUCAGGUCCUCCACUUCGGCCUUUCUAGGCAACAAUUUCCGUUUCAAUCUCUUGAAAUUAAUGGGAGUCGAUUGGGGUUUUUUAACCCCAUUUUCUGUUUUGCAAAAGAAAGCAGAGAAGUUUGAGUUGAAGAAAUACAGGGUCCUACAGUGACAAAGGAACGUGUAUCUGAUCUUGAGCCAAUUCUUCAAGAUGUUUAUGACAUUCGGCGCCCAAAACAGAGUGAUUAUGAAUCUCGAAGAGAUUUAAUCCUAUUGUUUAAUGAAAUUGCGAAGGAAAUGUAUGGAUAUUCAAAAGUGACUCCCGUUGUGGUGGAAUUUGGUUCUUUCUUAAUGGAUCUCUUUAGUCCAACUAGUGAUUUAGAUCUCUCCGUGAAUUUUAGCAUUAACAAGGUUGAAUUUCCGCACGAAAAGAAGAUUAAACUCUGAGGAAGUUUGCAGAGAAACUUUAUGCUCUACAAUGUAAAGGGCAUGUUUCUGGUAUUCUUCCAAUCACAACUGCCAAGGUGCCUAUUCUCAAAGUUGUUGAUCGCGGAACUGGUGUUGAAUGUGAUAUAUCAGUUGAAAAUAGGGAUGGAAUCUUGAAAUCCCAGAUUAUACACCUUAUUUCCUCAAUCGAUGAAAGGAUUAAAAAGCUAAGCUUCUUGAUGAUAUCCUGGGCAAUAGUGCAGAACAUUAACAGUUCAAAAGACAAAACCUUGAAUUCUCUCUCCAUAAUUCUGUUGGUUGCUUUUCAUUUGCAGAUGGACACUGCAACAGUGAAGAAGACAAUACCUAGUUUUAUGAACUAUGGAAAAAGUAAUCAAGAAUCUGUGGCUGAGCUCUUUGUCACUCUACUGAUCAUGUUAUCUUCUGUUGAAAAUCUGUGGCUCAAAGGUCUCUGCGUGAGCACGUAUGAUGGAUCUUGGACGUCCAAAGCAUGGAACUGUAAAGUUGCUUGCAUAAGUGUUGAGGAUUUUAGUGAUCGGUCUCAGAAUGUUGCUAGGGCAGUGGGACAAGCGCAAAUAAAACAGAUCUAUGAAUGCAUUAACCUUUCUACCCAGUACGUUUUGUCCUUCAUGGAUGGCCAGAUUGGAGGGGUUCAACUGAAGGAAUUUUUGUUUGGCCAUGAUGGCAUCAUUACUCUACGUCGAACAAGUACUUCAAAUUCUCACCAGAUUGCAUCAUUGCCUAACAUUCCCUCUCAAUCGAACCAGAGGAAAAGAGAUAGAAAUAGGGAACGUCAGGAAGCAAAAAAACCAAGCUAUGCCUCUCGAUCCUCUCCCUACAAAGAGAAUAGCCUCCAUACAAGGUUGGGCAGGAACGCCUGCAGGGAGUUUGGGACAGGUCGAGCAAGAUAUGUCAUUUGAAUCUGGUUGGACAAAUAAGACAGGGACCCAUGAAUAUGCUAUGCCUUGUGAUCCCAGAAAUGGGCAGCAACCUAUGGAUGGUUGGGGUGGAACCAGCACACGACUUCUGUCUAGAAGGGCCAUUCGUUUCGUCUUCAAUGCAAUUGACCUUAUUCUUUUUUAAUUUGAAAAGACAUUUUUGUCAAGUAUAUUCUUCCCUCACUAAAAAACAAAGUAAUCUUUUGUGCGA